GUGGGUUGGACGCGGAAUGAGCGAAAAUCGCAAGACGGAGGCCACUCCGUUUGAGGAUGCCCUGGAUAAGACGGGGAACGGAAUAUACAACAUUCUACUAGUGAUCACAUGCGCGUGGAUCCUAUUGGCUAUCGGCGUGGACCUCUUCGGGUUCAGUUUAGUGGUAGCUACGGCCUGUGACCUGAACCUUUCAGUCGCUGAGAAGGGAAUAUUGACAUCACUACCUUUUGUGGGUAUACUACUAGUAUCCUACGUGUGGGGCUAUGUGUCCGACACACAAGGCCGGCGGUUCUCACUGGUGCUCUCACUGCUGUCUGCCUUCGUGCUGUCAUGUCUCACCAGCGUGUCUCCCAACUGGCUGUUCCUCGGGAUGGUCAAGUUUUUGUCCGUCUGCUUCUCAUGCGCCGCGAAUUCGGCUACAUACACAUUGGUGGGCGAGUCGUGCAUUCGACGUGUGCGCAGCAAAUACAUGCUGUUGAUGACGUGUCUGCUGCUGCUGUCGCCCGCUGCUGCUGCCGUCCUCACGUACCCGACCCUGAAGCUCAAAUUCGCAGCCGAGCUCACCUGGCUCCACGUGGUCUUCACCCCCUGGCGUCUCCUCAUCAUCGUCCUGGCCAUCCCCUCUGGCAUCGGCGGCUUGGCCAUCUACUUCUUCCACGAGAGUCCCAAGUUCCUGGCCAACAUUGGCAGGAAGGAAGAUGCUUUGGAUGUCAUGAGGAGCAUUUAUGCUGUUAAUCAUAGGUGUGAUAGGGACAGCUUUAAGGUAAAAGCCCUCGAGCUAGGCGAAGAGCCGGCUCGCAAGCAGAUGUCCCUCCUCCGCUCCAUGUACGAGCAGAGCGCCCCCCUCUUCCGCCCCCCGCUGCUCUGGCGCACGCUGCAGCUCUUCUACAUCGUCGCCGUGGUGUACAUCACUAACAAUAGCUUCCUAGUAUGGCUACCACAGAUCUUCAAUCUGGUGAUGAUGUCCAUGGAAACUGGGACGGCGGAGGGCAAUAAUAUCUGCACACUCAUCUCACAUCGUAACGUCACAAGGAAUGUUACUGAUAACUACGAUAAUUCAACGGCGGGUACAGUUGAGAUUUCUGCAAACACCUGCCUCGGCUACAUAGAAGACAACGUGAUCCUCACCCUCAUCGCGUCCCAAUCCGCCUUCUCCUUCCUAAACUUCAUCAUCUCCUACCUCCCCAACCACCGCAAGACCGUGCUAUUGACGAUCUUAUCCCUAUCGUCUUUGAGUGGAGUUUGCUGUAACCUGAUGCCGGAGCCGGUGUCAAGCGUGUUCUUCUUCGUGCUGUUCACGUGUACUUGCCUUGGGAUGGGGAUAUUGGCGUCGUUUUUUGUGGAUUUCUAUCCGACGUCUUAUAGAGGAAUGGUGGCCUGCCUGAGCAUAAUGGUGGGGCGGAGCAGCACGUUCAUCGGUAUCAACUUGGUGGGAAACCUCAUCUUCCACCACUGCCAAAUCACCUUUUAUUUCUGGUCGCUACUGGUUUUGAGUAGCGUAGUAGCGGCCUGGUUCCUGCCGCCCGACAAAGUGAAGCCUGAAGUUAAGACGACUGCUAUGUAAUUAUGCACCUUAUCGUUAUUGAAACAAGGUCUGUCUGUGAUUUUAGGAUAGUGCCGUUAGUACAAUUAAACGCCCUCCAACGAAGGUAAAGCGCUUGAUAC